UCAUAAAUAAAGCAAAUAAAGAACGUGUUGCCCGCGUGUUAACCAUAAACAAUUUGCAUGCGUCGUUUGAAGAAACUUGCGAAGAGUCACAGCGUGACGGGUACGCAAGAAAACGAUGCAGCGGCGACGGCAACAACAACAACAACAGCGGCAGCUGCGUCCGAUCCGGCGGCCCCGAAAGAUGCCAACGGCGGGGGCGAUACGCUACUUAAUGUGGACAUCUUUAAGCAUUUCGACAAAUCCGGCCGCAGCGAAUUCAUAAAAUACCUGAAGCAACAGCUGCAGGAUAGUCCGGAGAGUCCAGUGUUCGACCAGCAUGGCACAUUCAAGCACGGCGUCUCGAAUGCCAUCUACGAGCUGCUCUGGCAGGCAUUGCGCUACAAGCUCAAAAAGGAUGUCGUGCUGCACGUGCUCACAGAUGUUGUGGCGCUGCACAAGGAGUUUCCCAGUCUGAUACUGGACGUGGUCAACAUACUGGACAGCGAAACGUCCUUGAUGACCGAAGGUCUGCAGGAGGAGCGCCAUGGUUUUGUGCAAAUUGUCAAGGAUCUGGACAAGGUGCUGCCGGAGAGCUUGCUCAAGGAGCGCCUGGAAAUUGAUACCUUACAGGAAGUCGGCAUUGUCAAGAACAAGAGUUUCUACACGAAGUUUAUCAAAGUCAAGACUAAGCUCUACUAUAAGCAGCGCCGCUUCAACCUGUUUCGCGAGGAGAGCGAGGGCUUUGCCAAGCUCAUCACAGAACUGAAUCAGGACUUUGAGGAGCACACAACCCCCGAUGCCAUAAUGGACAUAAUUAAAUCCCUGAUAGGCUGUUUUAAUCUGGAUCCUAAUCGCGUGCUGGAUAUUAUCAUUGAAUCGUUUGAGACGCGCCCCGAUCGCUGGAAGCUUUUUAUACCCUUGCUGCGCAGCUAUAUGCCCACCGGCGCCAUCAUUUGCGAAGUGCUAGGCUACAAAUUCUGCCACUUUAGGGCAACGCGCACUCCGCGCUCCCUGUACCAUGUUUGCGCUCUGCUGUUGAAGCACGGCGUCAUCGAGCUGAACGAUGUUUAUGUCUGGCUAACGCCGAAUGAUGGCAGCAUACGUGCCAACUGGGAGGAGGAGCUGGCCGAGGCGAGAGAAAUGGUCCGGAAGCUCCAUGUGAUUUCCACCAACAAGAAAGAAGAGGACAAAGAACCACCAGCACCACCAACUACCAAGAAAUUCGAUGAGGAGAAAUACAAUGCCAAUCAAAAGUUUGGUCUGUGCGAGGCUCUGCUCAAGGUUGGCGACUGGGAGAACGCGCUCAAAAUUAUACAAAAACUGCCGGAUCAGUCGGUUGUCGUGCAGGAGCCCAUUGCACGAGGCAUUGUGGAGCUGGUGCAUCUGUCGGUCGAGCAGAUCUACUACAAGAAAUGCUUUAAGGCACCCGCUGGCCGCAAGCCCAGCCGCAAUCGGCUGUACGAGGAUGCCGCGCUGGUUGCCAAGCUGCAGGCGCAGGAGUUUGCCGAUCUGCGCAAGUACACAUGGCCCAUGGCCAAUGUGCUGGGUCCGGCAAUGCACUGCGAUACGGUUCUGAUGUACAAACUGGUGCGCAUUAUGGGCAAAAUAUUACUGGACAUGGGCGUGGACAAUCUUAACGGACCGCCGCCAAAUACGGAGCUGGAGCAGCAUUAUUACGAUAUCAUCAGCUGCCUGGAUGCGAGCAUAUUGCCCUCGCUGCUUUAUCUGGACAGCAAUUGCUCCAUGUCCGAGGAGAUCUGGGCUGUGCUCAAAUUCUUUCCAUAUCACUUGCGCUACAGCAUGUAUGCACGCUGGAAGAACGACAGCUAUCAGCUGCAUCCGAAUCUGAUACGACGCUGCGGCCUGGCGCAGCGGGAUAUCAAGGCGCUGAUGAAGCGCGUCAGCAAGGAGAAUGUAAAGCCGCUGGGGCGUCUGGUGGGCAAAUAUAGCCACUGUACGCCCGGACUGCUCUUCGAUUAUAUCCUGGUUCAGAUUCAAAUAUAUGACAAUUUAAUCGGACCCGUCUGCGACAUGCUCAAGUACUUGACUGCCUUGUCCUUUGACUGUCUGGGCUAUUGCAUCAUUGAGUCGCUGACGAUGACGGGUCGCGGGCGCUUCAAGGAUGACGGCACCUCGCUCUCGCUGUGGCUGCAGAGCCUUGCUUCCUUCUGUGGCACCAUCUACAAAAAGUACAGCAUCGAGAUGAGCGGCCUGCUGCAGUAUGUGGCCAAUCAGCUCAAGUCACAGAAGAGUCUCGAUUUGCUGGUGCUGCGCGAGCUGGUCCACAAAAUGGCCGGCGUCGAGUCCUGCGAGGAGAUGACAAACGAUCAGCUGCAGGCGCUUUGCGGCGGCGAACAGCUGCGCGGCGAGGCUGGCUACUUUAGUCAGGUGCGGAACACUAAGAAGUCAUCGAAUCGUUUGAAGGAGGCAUUGGCCAACAACGAUCUCGCCGUCACACUUUGCCUGCUGAUGGCCCAGCAGAAGCACUGCGUCAUCUUUCGAGAGACGGCCGCGCACAGCCAUCUGAAGCUGGUGGGCAGUCUGUAUGAUCAGUGCCAGGAUGCCUUGGUGCAGUUUGGCACAUUUCUGGGCUCCACCUAUUCGGUGGAUGAGUAUGUCGAACGCCUGCCAUCGAUUAUCACAAUGCUGCGCGAAUAUCACAUUAACACAGACGUCGCCUUCUUUCUGGCACGGCCCAUGUUCACGCAUCAGAUUAACCAAAAAUACGAUCAACUGCGCAAGGCGGAUCCCAAUGCCAAGAAGCUGACGACGGCGCAAAAGCUGCAAAAAUAUCUGGAAGCCACGCAGUUGAUAAUGAAUCCCAUUGUAGAGUCGGUGCGACCGCUGCACAGCUCCAAAGUGUGGGAGGACAUAAGCCCACAGUUUCUGGUUACCUUCUGGAGCCUGAGCAUGUACGAUCUGCAUGUGCCCAACGAGAUCUAUCAGCGGGAAAUUGGCAAGCUAAAGCAGCUGGCACAGCAGGCUGCCGAGGGCAAGGAUUCGAACCAAUCGAAAAACAAAAAGGAACAGGAGCGUUACAUUGCGCUCAUGGAGAAGCUGAACGAUGAGCGCAAGAAGCAGCACGAGCAUGUGGACAAGAUACUGCAGCGCCUGCAGGAGCAGAAGGAUGGCUGGUUCCUGUUGCGCUCGGCCAAGUCGGCCAAAAACGAUACCAUUACACAGUUCCUGCAAUUGUGCCUCUUCCCGCGCUGCACCUUCACCGCGCUCGAUGCGCUCUACUGUGCCAAGUUCGUGCAGACUAUACACAAUCUAAAGACAGCCAAUUUCUCCACGCUGCUCUGCUACGAUCGGCUGUUCUGCGACAUUACGUACUCGGUGACAUCGUGCACGGAGGGCGAGGCGACGCGUUAUGGUCGCUUUUUGUGUGCCAUGCUGGAGACGGUGAUGCGUUGGCAUGCGGAUCAGGCGGUCUUUAACAAGGAAUGCGCCAAUUAUCCCGGCUUUGUGACCAAAUUCCGUGUCAGCAAUCAGUUCUCGGAGGCCAACGAUCACGUGGGCUACGAGAAUUAUCGACACGUGUGCCACAAAUGGCAUUAUAAGAUCACCAAGGCGAUUGUGUUCUGUUUGGACUCCAAGGACUUUAUGCAGAUACGCAAUGCGCUUAUCAUACUGAUGCGCAUACUGCCCCAUUAUCCGGUGCUCUCGAAGCUAGCGCAGAUCAUUGAACGCAAGGUGGACAAGGUGCGCGAGGAGGAGAAAACCAAGCGACCCGAUCUGUUUGCCAUCGCCUCCAGCUAUAUUGGCCAGCUGAAGCUGAAGUCGCCGCACAUGUUCAAGGAGAGCGACUUCCAUCAGGUGGCCGAGCGGCCCGUUAAGGAACCGGUGCCUGCGCCGCCCGGCACCGGCACGGUCAAGCUGCUGACCGGCGACAAGGUGAAUGCCACGACUGCCUCAGCGACGUCCACGCCCACAACGAAAGCAGCUCCCGGUGCGCCGUUCUAUGAGCAAAAGGCGGGCGUCAAGGAGCCGGACGCCAAGGCUGUUCAACCGAUGCGCGGCGAGGUCAAGCUCGUCAAACCGGAGGGCAGCAGCACGGUGUCUGUGGUGUCCAUCUCGAAGUCCGUUUCGGCGCCGUCCAACAGCGAACGCGAGAGCAAACGGGAUGCGGCAACGGCAGCGUUGCGGGAACCACAAUCCCAUCGCAGCAUGGAUGCCAGGGAGGAGCUGCAGUCUAGUGCCAACAACAACAACAGCAACAACAACCCGAGCAGCAGCAACAACAACCCGAGCAGCAACAACAACAACCCAAGCAACAACAGCAAUGGCAAUCAAAGCGAACGUCGCAGCCGUGAACGGGAUCGGGAGCGCGAGGAACGGCACAGCAUGAGCAGCACGCGCAGCUCGCAACGGGACAGCAAUCGGAACAGCAACAGCAACAGCAACAAGGAACGCACCGAGGCCGAGCUGCAGCAGCGCGCACGCGAACGUUCCCAGCGUCUCGAGGAGCUGGAGGCGGCGGCCGCGCUGCGUGCACAGAAACGUGAGAAGCUAUCGCGACGCAGCGACGAGCGCAGCCAGCAUCGGCACGAUGGCGUCGAGACGGUCGAUCUGGUCACCGGCAGCGGCGGCAGCAGCAGCCAGGAGCAUCGCCACUACGACGACUACGAAGGACGCCAGCGAGAUCGCGACCUCAGUUCCGUCUCCAACGAGAGCAACGGUUCGCUGCAGCAUCGACGCAGUCACGAGACAAUUGAAUAUGAUAAAGAUUCUAAACGUCGUAAAUUGGAAUCGUCGUCGAGCAGUUCAAAGAAGGUGGAGGAGCUCGUCGAUAGCGUGAAGAAGGCGCGCGGCCUCAAAACCAAAGAGCGCAACAAGGAUAAGAUGUCCGAUGAGGAGCGUGACGCGCGCAAGGAUCGCAAGCUGGGUCGGAAACGGGAUCGCAACGAGGAGUCCGGCAGCAGUGAUCACAAGCGUCGGCGUGAAGCACAAAACGGCGAUGAUGACAUGCGCGAACGGGAUCGCCAUAGAGACAAAUCAUCCCGAGAACGUUCGCACGACAAGUUUGAUAGGGAACGCGGCGGCGGCGGCGGCGGUGGUGGAGGUGGAGGUGGAGGCAGUUCGCGUGGUGAUGAUCGACAAUACAGCAUCUCGAAGUCGACACGCUCAUCGAGAAUGAACUACUGAACGCAUGCGGGAAAGCAUCUCUUCCCGUAUUGUGAAGCGCAUUUGAUUUAAGAAUAAAAAAUAGAAAAACAAAAAACGAA